GUGACUUCCGGUAGCUGGUAAAGGCGGAUACCUCCUGGGACGCGGAGGCCGCGGCCGGGGCGACGGCGACUUUCGCUGCUUGGCUGGCUGGGCGGAGCUCUGGGCGUCCGGACCUUGGAAAGUCACGCGCCCGCGCGCGCCCGUGGCCCCGGCUUCUGCGGAUGCUGAGAAUGUUGCAGUUAAUGAAUUAAUACACUCGUAUUAUAUUUGCAAUGUGGACAUGUAAAAGAAUUUGAAGAAGGGAGUUUCACGCCAUUCUUGGCUACCUAGUGAGCGGGCUCGGAGGUGCUCAUUGCCAUCAUGGUUCGUUUGCUAAACUGCAUCGUCGCUGUGUCCCAGAACAUGGGUAUCGGCAAGAAGGGGGACCUGCCCUGGCCGCCACUCAGAAAUGAAUUCAGGUAUUUCCAGAGAAUGACUACAACUUCUUCAAUAGAAGGUAAACAGAAUCUGGUGAUUAUGGGUAGAAAGACCUGGUUCUCCAUUCCUGAGAAGAAUCGACCUUUAAAGGAUAGAAUUAAUUUGGUUCUCAGCAGAGAACUCAAGGAACCUCCACAAGGAGCUCAUUUUCUUGCCAGAAGUCUGGAUGAUGCAUUAAACCUUACUGAACAACCGGAAUUAGCAAAUAAAGUAGAUAUGAUUUGGAUAAUUGGUGGCAGUUCUGUUUAUAAGGAAGCCAUGAGUCACCCAGGCCACCUUAAACUAUUUGUGACAAGAAUCAUGCAGGACUUUGAAAGUGACACGUUUUUUCCGGAAAUUUAUUUGGAGAAAUACAGACUUCUGCCAGAAUACCCAGGUGUUCUCUCUGAUGUCCAGGAGGAGAAAGGCAUUAAGUACAAGUUUGAAGUAUAUGAGAAGAAUGAUUAAUAUGAAAGUCUUUUCCAGUUUAGUUGUUCCCCCUCCCUCUGAAAAAAGUACGCAUUUUUGGCUG